UUUUAAAUGAAAAAUGAAAAAUUGUGGCUCUUCAAUUUCAUAUUUCCAGUAAUGCACAAUUGUUCAAUUAGCACCUCAAAUCUACCUUUGCACAUAAAAGUAAUAGAAGAGUUUCUGAGGAAAAGAAAAAACAAGCAGUUCACUCUCAUGAAAUUCACCUCUACUUGUAUCCUCAUAAGCAUUGUUUGUUUUCUCCCUCUCUAAAAACCUCCUUUCAUUCUCUUUAUCUCAGCCUUUUUAAGAAGCUAGAAAAAGUUUCUUGCUGUUAACAACAUGAAGACAACACAUUUGUUGGCUUUGCUAGCAUGUCUACAAGUAUUGUGUCCAACUGUUCUCAGCGGCGCAGAUGAGCUAUAUGUCAAUAUCACAAUACUCGAAAGCGCAACUGCCCAAGGCGCAGUAUGCCUAGAUGGAAGUCCACCAGCCUAUCAUCUAGAUAGAGGACAUGGUAGCGGAGUUCGUAGCUGGAUUGUCUACUUGGAUGGAGGCGGUUGGUGCAACUCUAUCCCAGACUGCUUUGAUCAUUCAACUAAGGACUUAGGCUCUACCAAAAGGAUGGAACAACGAAGUUCUUUUAAUGGGAUACUUCAUAAUACUUCCGAAAAAAAUCCAGAGUUUUACAAUUGGAACAGGGUGAGGGUGAAGUAUUGUGAUGGUUCAUCUUUCAUGGGUGAUGUUGAACAAGUUGACCCUGAUAAGAAGCUGUUUUUUAGAGGGGCAAGAAUAUUUAAGGCUAUUAUGGAAGAUCUACAGAGCAAAGGAAUGAAAAAUGCUGAAAACGCAAUUCUAUGCGGAACUUCAGCCGGAGGGUUGGCAACAAUCUUAAACUGCGACAAGUUCAAAUCCCACUUGCCGAAUGAUGCCACAGUAAAGUGCAUCGCAGAUGCUGGUUUCUUCAUCAAUGGGAAGACAGCCUCUGGUGCUUCAUAUAUUGAAGAGAUGUAUAGGAGAAUUGUUAACCUACAUGGAUCUGCUAAGAAUUUGCCGUCAGCCUGCACGUCUGUAAUGGAACCAAGUCUGUGCUUUUUCCCUGAGAAUAUCGUUCCAUACGUUCAGACUCCACUUUUCAUAAUCAAUUCUGUCUAUGACACCUGGCAGAUUAAUAACAUUUUGAUUCCUCCAUAUCUUGAUCCUCAACAUGCCUGGAAGGAUUGCAGCAAGCGCAUAAAUAAUUGCACAUUUGGCCAACGUAUAAUUGUUCAAGCCUUUGGAGUGGAGUUCUUGAAGACAUUCAAGGGACUACCCCUAUCUUUUACAAGGGGUUGUUUUCUCACGUCUUGCUAUUCUCAUGGUAGCAUUCUUAGACCGUCGUAUUGGUUCAGCGCUAGCUCUCCAAGGCUACUUCAUAAGACAAUCAAUGAAGCUGUUGCGGAUUGGUACUUUGAGAGAGCAGGGUUUCAUCAAUAUAUAGACCCAUACCCUUGUGCUAGAGAUUGUAUGUUAAGUUAGUAAAAUUCAAUAAUGAAUAAGCUUGUAGAUGUUGUCCCUGCUGCUUAUUUGAUGGUACGUAGUUGUUGACGAGUAGCUGAUAUUUGGAGCAAAGAAGGUUUUUAUGUUUUACACUUAUGUCCUGUUAUAUUUUUAGCCAAGUUUUAAUGUAUUUCAAUUUAGUCUUGUUGACUAAGCUAAGUUAAGAGAUUGUAAAAUCCAAUGUUGUGGUUGUAACUAUAAUUAGAAGGAUGAGGGUAUUGAUUUCUUUUAUUGUGAAUGAAAAAUAUUUAUCCUCUUUGCUUUCA